UCCCAGAUCACCAGUGGGACCUCGGUAACCUGCGGAUUUGCACGAAUGUAUGUCGAAGUGUUCUGGAUCGGAUUUGCAGAACAGUGCGGUAUAAGUGAACCAGAAUUAAACUGCGAGGCAAACAUUUGCUUUUCAGAAAACGUACAGCCCGUCAGCACAAGACCGCCUCUCUGGGAGGGGAAAGAAAAAAAAGUCAGCCAUCUGCUCGGAGACGUUCUCGCGAUAUUCUCUCCACCGUCAAAUUUUUUACUCUUCUUCCUCUUUUAGUCGGACCAGUGAAGGUUACUUCGUGGACAAAGAGUGUAGCAAGUGGUAACGUGCAGCGGUACCCUCACGGGCUGGACGGUGUGAGACUCAACAGCAGAGCGGGACAGGCAGGCUGCAAGACUUGCACCCCCCCCCCCCCCCACAAAAAAAAACACGGGUUUCCUUCAGCACUUUGCAAUCGUAGCCCCCUACACCCCCCCUCCCCAAACGGUCUCCUUCACAACUUUGCAAUCGUAACCCCCCCCCCCCCCCGGGUAUCCGUCAGCACCUUGCAAUUUUCACCCCUCCCUAACACCACCUUCUCCUUCAGCGCCUUGCAAUCUUCACCCCCCCUUCUCCUUCAGCACUUUGCAAUCUUCCCCCCGCCGGCGUUCAGCCAUGGCCUCCCCGCGAGGAGGAGGAGGCCCCCCGGCGCCGGAGUUCGCACCCCCACCCUCUUCCGCCGCCGGCUCGCUGUUCCUCAGCGCGCCGCCCCGCUCCAGGAUCUACAAGAUCAUCGUCAUCGGCGACUCGGGAGUGGGCAAGACCUGCCUGACUUACCGCUUCUGCGCCGGCAAGUUUCCCGACAAGACCGAGGCCACCAUCGGUGUGGACUUCCGAGAGAAAACCGUGGACAUUGAUGGAGAAAAGAUAAAGAUUCAACUGUGGGAUACGGCUGGUCAAGAACGUUUCCGGAAGAGCAUGGUACAACACUACUACAGGAAUGUCCAUGCUGUUGUCUUCGUUUAUGACAUAACCAACCCUGUGAGCUUUCAGAGUCUCCCAGCCUGGAUUGAAGAAUGUAACCAGCACUCACUCGGUGGAGAAGUCCCACGCAUUCUCGUGGGGAACAAGUGUGACCUAACAGAUGCAACUAAAAUUAAAACAGAUCUGGCUCAAAAAUUUGCUGAUACUCAAAAUAUGCCCCUGUUUGAAACCUCUGCCAAGAACCCAAAUGACAAUGAUCAUGUGGAGGCCAUAUUCUUGACUUUGGCUCAUAAACUGAAAAACCACAAGCCCAUGAUGCUUAGCCAGCUCCAAGUAGAUGAGCCAAAAGUGAAGCUGGAAUCCGAACCAAAGGCUGAUGUGGAGUGUUACUGUUAAGGAGUAACUUUUUGGUGUUUUCUAAAAAGAUUCAAGAUCAGGUGCACCAGAAAACUGGUGGAAAUUCAACCAGAAAAAAGGGUGAAUAAUACAUUGGAUUAUCCAUGUUUAUUUAUCAGCCAGAGUUUCUUUACUUAAACUGAAGACAGUAAAGGGCAAGCUGCAUUUUCUGGUAUUCCCAGAUAUUAGUUUUAUGCAGUUACAUGAAGGAGAAGCUUUGUAUAAAUUGCCUCAGUUAAAGGAGCCAUUUGAAUUUACUCCUCACGGUUCUUUUCCCACACUAUUCUUCACUCGUUCCUUUCAGUUUCCAUCUCGAGUUAGUUGUGAGCAUUAAAUAUUUUCUGGAUUGGAGGGAUCUCCCAGUUUCUCAGAUGAUUGUUAGGGGUAAAUGGCUGAGUCUUGCAGAGCUGGAGAAUUUCCCCGUUGAUCAUCAUCAGUUUGUGUUGGAUCAGCUGAUGUUAGCCAAGGCAAUAGUAGGGGAUCAAUAAUCAGUUUCCAGUUCCUUCCAAGUUAUGCAGAACGAAACACACAAGUUCAUUCAUGUUUUGCUGUGAUUCCUCUUGUAGUUGAAGUGUCAACAUGCACUGCUUUGGCUUGCGUAUGAAGAAUGGUGCCUAAAAUGUAGAAAACUUACAGAAAAGUGUUUUCUUCAAGCAGAAGUAUUAUUUUCACUACUUGCAUUGGUCUGUGGAUUUUGUCUGUGAAAAACAGAAAUGUGUUGUUCGCAGACCAUAUAUGAAUACUAAUUCUAUAUUCCUUUGAGCUUCUAAUAUGAAUGUUGAGAUUUUUAAAGGAAUGUCAAAUGAAUUGCAGGCUUUCUGUGGCAUCACACUUAAUAUUCAACUAAUGCCUUAAACUACAGUAAAUUUUGUUUAAAAACUAUAGAGUGGCAGGAAAGAAAGGAAGAAGCACAGUGUUUAACAAUUCAUCUAUAGUCAUGAAAACUGGCUAUAGCAAUGCAAACAGUGGUCUCUUUCUGGACAAAUACAGACUCCUCUUAAAGUCCAGUCUUCCUUCAAGUUGGCAAAAAAAGGGAUAUAUGAUAAAGGGAUACAUUAAAUGGAUAAUGCCCCUCAUGUUGUAGGAACUUGAAAUUUUUUUGCAUGCAUUUGUUUAUGCCUGUCCAGUUUUGGCUAAUCGGGAAGAUAUUUGCCAAAUGCACUCUAACAUUCAGAACAGUUAACCAUAAUUCUUGCUUAUGAUGAUGAGGCAUGAAUUACUAGUAACUGAUUCCUGAGGGAGUUGUGGAGAUGUUUUUAAUUGAAACUGCUUGCAGAUGGUAUUAAAUGAUUGUGCUGGACGAAUUUGUAAAAUGACAUUGUUGUGGUGAGCAAUCUAACAGGAGUUCACAGAUUACAACAGUACACUUAAUCCAUUGUCACAGAUAUCACUACAGUAGUACUUUGAAUAAAACACUAGCACAAGUCUAAAUAAAUGUUUUAAUGUUCUAA